AUGCAAUCAAAUUUCAGAGACUUUUGUUUGAGCACCCUUCCAAGUCUGGAGACCUGCAUUGAGCCCACCAGCUGCCAGAGGUCCUGUGUAGUGUCCAGACCCUGCCAGACAGUCUGUUACUACCCGAAGAGCUCCACACCUUGCUGUCCCUGCCGGGGAACAUGUGCUGGAUCUCUGAGCUUUGGAUCUAGCAGCUGCCGUUCCCUGGGCUGUGUAUCCAGUGGCUUGAGAUCUCUGAAUUGCGGAAUCUAUGGCUUCCCUUCCCUGUGUUAUGGGUCUAGAUUCUACUACCCAGAAUACUUGGCUUCUACAACAUUCCAACCCUCUUCUUAUAGAUCAGUCUAUGGCAUUGCCUUCUAG